AUGGGAGAAGUUGUUAUCUCAAGGAAAGCUUCAAGUACAAACCCUUAUUUACCCGAAGGCAGUUCUAGUCAGACUGAGGGACAAGGCUGGUUCCACAUCAGUCAAGCAUUGCCUCUCACCGAUUUGCCAUUUACUCCUGUUUUCACUUUCGAAACAUUAUCGUCUGUCCAUUCAGAGGAAAUAAUCUCACCAAUUGAAAAAACUUCAGAAGCAAUAAAUUGUCAAAAACCAUCUAAUAUCGCUCAUACCAGAGAUGCUAGAUUAAACCUGAAUGUCAAAGUUCACUCAAGUCAUGAAGGGGGUUCUGCUUGCAAGAUGGAUCCAAAUUUCGUUCUAAGUAGUAACAGAAAAAUUCAAACACGUAGUUCAGUCAACAAAAAGAAUAAAGGCUCCAAAACAAAACCUGUAGUUUCUGAAGCUGAAAACGAACUAAGAACGGAAGAUGAAAAUACCGCUCCCUCUGAUGAAUCAAAAAAGUUUAGUGAUGCUAAAGCACUAGAUGACCCUGACAGAAUGGAAACUGAAUCAGAAGUUUUGAGUGGACCAUCAGAUGUGAAGAAACCCGCAAAUAAAUCAUUCUGUUCAGUCUGCUAUGUCGACUGUGGGAGUGUUGAACUCUUGCAAGAACACAAAGAUAGAAUAGGAUUCAUCUGUCGGCGAUGUACUUCAAAGUUCGAUACUCAUUCUGACCUCGAGAUUCACUUCUUCAAUCAUUCGCAGUACACAUGCGAAACCUGCAAUGAGGUAUUUUAUUUUAAGAAAGAUCUUUACCGCCACAGGGACUCUGAUAAGUGUCUCGUCCAGUUGAAAUAUUAUGAUUGUGAAAUUUGUAGCAGAAGAUUCCGGAAGAACUCGGUGUUGAAGAUGCAUAUGUGGACUCAUAAGAACAUUGAAAAAAAAGAAGUGUGCAUUGUAUGUCGAAGAACUUUUAAAAGCUCUCAGUUGCUAUUGCCGCACCUGAGUAAAUGUCACGUUGCCUAUGAGUACAUGGAGUGCAGCACUUGCCACAGAUUAUUUCUUGGACCUAUGAAAUUGCGACGUCACAUCCAAAAGAUUCAUAUUGAGCCAUCAGAGGAGGAUAAAAUGGCAUGUCCGACGUGCGGUAAAAUAUUCUCAAACAAAUCUUACAUGAGCCGUCACAUUCUAGAUAAACACGAUGACACUGAGUACGUUUGCACGGUUUGUGGUGAGUCUGUUAAAGGGAAAAUAGCGAUGGAACGACACACAAGAAACAAACAUGCCAAACAACCGUUCACGUGCACCAGGUGCGACCAGCAAUUUGAAACCGCAUCAAAACUGCUAAAUCACAAGAGAAAGCACUUGAAGGAGGAACAGCCACCUGAGGUUGCGUUCUGUGAGAUUUGCGGGAAAACAUACAAGAGUAGAGAAAUUUAUAAGAGACAUCUUCGAAACCACUCGGAUGAAAAACCCUUCAAGUGUGAUGUUUGUGGCGCGGCUUUCAAGCAGAGGGUAACCCUAAAAACCCACAGUAGAGUCCACAACAGUGUUGGCAAGUACAUUUGUAACAGAUGCUCCAGAAUUGUCAGGAACCUGGGGCAGAACCAGAACCUGACAAAUACUGGUCUAGAACCAGGCCAGUACUGGUCCAGAACCAGGCCAGUACUGGUCCAGAACCAGGCCAAUACUGGUCCAGAACCUGGCAACUACUGGCCCAGAAUCUGGUCAAUUCCGGUCCAGAAUCUGGCCAGUACUGGUCCGGAACCAGGUCAAUACUGGUCCAGAACAUAG